AUGUCCACGACUGAAGCCAUCCGAGUCCCCGUCCUCAUAGUCGGAGGCGGUAUUGUCGGUCUCAGCGCUUCUCUAUUCCUCUCCCAUCAUGGCAUCCACUCCUUGCUCGUAGAGCGACAUUCUGGAACCUCCAUACACCCACGUGCUCGCAGCGUCAACGCACGAACAAUGGAAAUCUUCCGUAACAUGGGACUCUCAGACAUGGUUCGUGAAGCCGGAUCCUCGCUCGUGCCUAGCUUUGGCAUUCAUUCGGGGACUUCGUUGAAAUCCAUCAUGGACGCGAAGCCUCGACGGGAGGACAAGACGGCAGACAAACCCAAGAUGAAAUUUGUUUCAAGUUCAAAAACGGGGCCGGAGGAUGGUAUAUUCGUGACGCAGGAUAUGCUCGAGCCCGUGAUUUUGAAGGCUGCAAGGGAAAGCGGUGGCGAUGUGAGAUUCUAUAUAGAAUGUAUCGGCGUGGAACAAGACCAGGAGAAAGUGACUGCCACCAUACGAGACAGAGAGACGGGUGACAAGCUCACGGUCAUUGCGGAUUAUCUGAUAGCAGGAGAUGGAGCAAAGUCCCCCAUCCGCUCACAGCUGGGUGUGUCGACCACCGGCUGCGGAGCCAUUGGACAUAUGCUAAGUAUCUUGUUUCAUGCUGAUCUCAAGAGUCUAGUUAAAAGGAGAGAAUUCAGCAUCUGUGUCGUAAAUAAUCCGGAAGUUGUUGGCUCCCUGACAGCUAUCAACAACAGUGAUCGCUGGGUUUUCCAUCUGAGUUACGACCCUGCCAAAGGCGAGAAGCCAGAAGAUUUCCCGCCUGAGAAAUGCAAAGAUUUACUGCGCAUCGCAUUGGGCAUACCAGACAUCGACAUUGAGAUAGUAUCAAUUCUACCCUGGGAGCCUACGGUUCAAGUGGUGACGAAACUUCAACACAGCCGAAUUUUCCAUGCAGGCGAUGCAGCUCAUACUAUGCCACCGUACGGUGGCCAGGGAGCAAACACGGCGAUCUCAGAUGCGUAUAACUUGGCAUGGAAGAUCUCUGCCGUACUCAAACAUCAGGCUGGUCCCGGAUUAUUGCAGACAUACGACAUAGAGAGACUGCCCGUAGGAAAAGCUGCGGCUGAAGCAUCGGCCACAGUUGCCGAUGAGCGCGGUAUAAUCUAUGCGAAGAUCAGCUGGGGGGCACUAAUGGGAUAUGCAAGUAUCCUCCCGAUCACGAGUGGAUUUGGGUACGUCUACUCAAGUCAGAGUCCGGCAGUGGUGGGAGAGAGCAGAUGGCCACUUGGAGGCGUAACGUGGAAAGCCUGGAGUGUCCCUUCGCUGCUCUUUUCCAUGGACGGCAGACCUGGGUCUCGCGCCCCGCAUGUGUGGGUUGAGAAGGAUGGCAACAGGAUUUCCACCCUUGAUCUAUUUGGAAAGGAGUUUGUAUUGGUAGCUGGAAGUGCGGGAGAUUCCUGGGUUGAGGCCUGUCAGGAGGUCAAGAAAAAAUUCUCGUGUUUGGAGUUUACUACUUAUGGUGUUGGACCGAAAGCUGAGAUUGUCGACACGCAAAGGAGGUGGGAGACUGCAGCUGGCAUCUCAUCUACCGGGGCAUUGUUGGUAAGACCUGAUGGAUACGUUGCUUGGAGGCAGAGGAGGGCCCCAGCACAUCUGCAAGAUAUGCUUGAGGGCGUAAUGAGGGAAAUAUUAUGUCUUUAG